GUCGGAGACCCAGACAUGAUGAGGCCUGAGGGGCGACUCGGGUGGGUCCCGGUUCCCCGCGGCGGCGGCCCGCUGACCCCGCCCCGUCCCCAGCAGGUCCGCCGCUCCGGGGGUCGCGAGCGGGACGCCGGCCUCGCCGGGAGCGCGCCGGAAGUGCGUCACGCCCACCCGCGUCACGAGAGCUCUUCCGGCCGCACCCCACGCGCCGUCGCGUCGCGGCGUCCGACGUCACGUCGUCGGCGUCGGGGCGGAAGAUGGGGCGGCCCGGGGCCGGCGGUUGCUGAGCGGAGCGGACCUGGCGCGGCCGGCCCCGCCGCCAUGUCGCUGCUGCAGUCGGCGCUCGACUUCCUGGCGGGCCCGGGCUCGCUGGGCGCCGCCGGCCGCGACCACACGGACUUCGUGGGCCAGACGGUGGAGCUGGGCGAGCUGCGGCUGCGGGUGCGGCGGGUGCUGGCAGAGGGUGGCUUUGCUUUUGUGUACGAGGCACAGGACCUGGGCAGUGGCCAAGAGUACGCGCUGAAGAGACUGCUGUCCAACGAGGAGGAGAAGAACAGAGCCAUCAUCCAGGAGGUCUGCUUCUUGAAAAAGCUUUCGGGCCAUCCCAACAUCAUCCAGUUCUGCUCAGCGGCGUCCAUCGGGAAGGAGGAGUCAGACACCGGACAGGCCGAGUUUCUGCUGCUCACGGAGCUGUGCAGAGGGCAGCUGGUGGAGUUCCUGAGGAAGAUAGAACCUCGGGGCCCGUUGUCCUGCGACACUGUGUUGAAGAUCUUCUACCAGACCUGCCGCGCUGUGCAGCACAUGCACCGCCAGAAGCCCCCCAUCAUCCACAGAGACCUCAAGGUUGAGAACUUGCUGCUCAGUAACCAAGGGACCAUCAAGCUGUGUGACUUUGGCAGUGCCACGACCAUCUCCCACUACCCCGACUACAGCUGGAGCGCCCAGAAGCGGGCCCUGGUGGAGGAGGAGGUGAGUGGGAGGACCCCCACACACAGGCUGUGAGGAUGAGCAGGCCUU